GGCAAGAGGUUUCCCCUCGAUUUCGGAUGGAACUACCCCGUUGCCUCACUAUUUGCACUUAUUGAAUCUACUCAUUUUAGUUCUCUGCUGUCGCAAAUCAAAUCAUUUCAAGGAAUCGAACUCUGCCAAUUUCAGACGAUAUUCACAAUUAUACGGCCUCACCGCUAACAACGCGUUACCCAUUCAAUUACCUCGCGUCGCAAUUCAAGCGCAUUGUUUACAUUAAAUGUCGAAGUUCAAAAACUCAACACUGGCAGGACUCAUAGGAUCAGACUCAGAGGAUGAUCAUUUGGUAGAGCGCGCAAUGGCGAAACAACAAUCAAAAGAUAAUACAGCUGCGAAGAAAGUGCGAGGAAGGCCUAAGACUGCUCCAUCAAAAGUUACAAAAAUAAAAUCUCCGGCGCGUCGCACAAGUGGAAGAAUCAAUGGAAAGCCAACACCAGAAUCAUCACCCCAGGCGAAGAGGGGAAGAAAGAAUGUUCAUACAGCCAAAAAUAAUCGACAGAAGAAUGCUGGAAAGGAGGCAGAACAAAUUGAUGAGACAGAAGACGUUACUAUGGAGGACGUGGUUUCGGGUGAUGAACUAGAUACUGAGGUAACUGCGCCAGAGGAAGUUGAAGCAAAAUCUACGAAGAAACCAACUGCGACUCGAGGUAGAGCUGCUAAAACAGUAGUUCCCGAACCAGAAAUCGCAGAAGAAGUCGUAGCACCCGUGGGCAAAAAGGGUAGGCCUGGGAGAAAGGGCAAAGCAAAGGUACAAGAGGAGCCCGUUGCAGAACAAGAAUCGCCUGAAAAAGUCAUUCAAGAAACUCAAGUACCAGAAAUGGAUAUGGAAUUGGAAGAAGAUAUCGAAGAACCAGAGCAAGAAGAUAGCAUACCUGAGGUGAAAAGGAAAGAAUCUCGCUCGCACAACGACUCACGGCGACGACAGAUGUCAGUUUCGCGGCACCGAGCUGGCAGUGCUUCAGAUACAGAGAGGAAUGAGCCAGCUGUCAGGCGCAGGCUUGGUGAACUUUCCAAAAAACUUGAGCAUGUGGAGGUAAAAUAUCAAGAUCUUCGAGACGUCGGGGUCAAGGAAGCGGAGAAAACUUUUGAUCAAUAUAAAAAGGCAGCGGAAGAAAAAGCAAAGGUUUCAAAUGAGCUCAUCGCUUCUUUAAAAGCCAAUCUAGCAACUCAAACUUCUUUAGCAAAAGAAACUCGAAGUCUGAAGAAAACAAUUGAAUCGCAAGAUGCAUUAGUUACGAAUUUACAAGCCCAGAUCCAUCAAUUGGAAUUGUCGUUAUCAGAAGCGCAAGUGGAAAACAAGACAUUAUCUACUAAGCUUGCUGCAAAUCGUAAAAUAACAGCAUCAUACGAAAGUGCAAAUGUCAAAGUUCCAGGCAGUGCUAUAAAAGCCAAUGGUGGUAUGCGUAUUAUUGGAAGUCAAGAAGCGGCUCAAGCUGCACAAGCCGCCCAAUUGAAAGAAGAUCUAUACAGUGAUUUAACCGGACUGAUUAUACGUGGUGUCAAACGAGAAACCGAAGAAGAUGUCUUUGAUUGUAUUCAGACAGGUCGUAAUGGCACCCUUCACUUCAAAUUAGGUGUUGAAAGCGAGAAAAUGGCAGACGGUGAUCCAGAUUGUCGAUAUACGCCACUAUUGGAUCCAAGCAGAGAUAAACCCUUGUUGGAUUUGUUACCAGACUAUCUUGUUGAUGAAAUAGAAUUUCCAAGACCACAAGCUGCCAGAUUUUACGCACGAAUUACGAGAGCACUUACGGAGAAGCCUGCAAGUAUGGGUGGACCUGUUGAGGAAAGUGACGAAUAGAACAUUUGUCUUGGGCGUUGAUUUGGUGGCUAUCUUUGGUGGGGGAGAUCUAGGUGUUUGGGAGCGAAGGUUACAUUUAUUGAGUGUUUUGAGAGCAACAGUUUUUAUGAAUUGAUACCUGUCUAUAUGAUACCUGUACAUCCGCUAGUUGUCUUUCUAAUAUGAGUUGAUUGCAAUCUAUAUGCA